AUGCAGCAAUUAAGUGCCAAGGCGUCAACGCCGCAGCUUUCCGCAAGGACGCGUGUCAUUUACGACCAGUCCACCUUGCCACGGCCGCAUGAGGUUCAGACCGUCCUUGCGACACCCCCGCGGCAGCUGAGAAGUCCAGCUGCCGUCUAUGCGACGCCUUUGCUGCCUGGCCAGGCAACGCCACCAGCGCCACAUCGCGGACGGCUUCCAGAGACCGCUCCGGUCUAUGCCCGACGGGAGAUCUCGGCGACACCUCCGCACCCCUACGUGCGAACGGCCUCUGCCACGCCUCCGCGCGGAAGAUCGGAAGCGAAGUGGGUCCGAAGCGAGGCUAUGUCGACACUGGUUCCUGCACUUGCGGCGAAUCCCAUGGACGUCCUCUCCCGGUCCCUGACGCCCAAUCGCAGCGCGCCCAUGUCUAUUCCCAUGCAGGUGGAACCGCUGACUUCACCGCGGGCAGUCUCUGCCUCACCAGCGAAGGGCGUGAG